AUGGCGUCUACAUCUGGUCCUGGGCCGUCUUCAGGCCCAGAUCCAGGCUCAGUGCUCUGCGAUAAAUGCAAGAAUUCUGUUCUCGAGCCAUCUCAAAACACAGAGAACGUAGCAUACGGUGAUAGACUGCGCCAGUUCAUGAAGGAAUGGCAGUUGAGUCCACAGUUAUGGCCUGUCGGAUACAUAGUAGGAAGUCCAUACUCUCCAUUUCGGGUUGAGCAGGAGCUCCCAAAGCGCGAUUGGCGCAACGCUUUCGAAGACUUACUCGCUCUGGAGUCUGGUGUCGAAAUGAUUAGCUAUGAAAGUAGGAAGCAAGAAAAGGCUGUUGCUGCAAAACUCAGUUGGGAAAGGGCAAAUCACUGCAUCGAAAAGAUCAACAAGUUGAAUACACGAGAUGCCCACGUCUUUAGUCUCGCGCAGACAACUCUCAGCAACGCCAAGUCUCCGGAAUAUCAGACAGACUCUUCCAUCAUUUCCUGGCUGGACCAGACGGUCAACGAGAUGCGAGAAAUGAUGCAGCUUCGCGUCGCAGUCGCCAUGACCUUCAAGGCCAUGGAAGAAACCCGCAGAGAUUGGUCGGCUAGUAGACACAAAGAUCGGGGCCAAUGGAUGGCGUCUCUUAUCACCGGCGGUGCGUUGAGGGGCUGGGAAUCUACACUAGAAGACACCGAACACGGAGCUUUCAUUCGUCUAGGCAAGGAUUUAGAAGCUUCAGAAGACUCCGGUGGCUUUGGCUGUACCGAACGUGAGCUAAGCGAGCAUUUCGAAGAAGGAAAACCCUUGGGGGUAGGAAGCCCUGGGCCACCUUUGUACAAGGUAUCAGAUCAGCCUCCAGCCGAACCGGUGGAUGACCGUCAAAGCGUUAUUGGGAGUAGCUCUCCGCAGCUUCCGCCAGACCGGCCUACACUCUGGACCAAGGUCCCUGAGCGUCCUUACUUUUUGGGUCAAACAACGGCUGCAGAACGCAUCACACUCCCCAACGGCAAGAUGGCGACUAGGGUGGUCAUGAAAAAUUAUCUCACAAACGGUGAUGUCGAGGAGAAGGUGAUGGUUCAGGAGCCUGGAAAAGUGUUGCAAGAGGUGGAGAAGGCCCGAGGUCUGAUCCACGAUCGCAUGCUUGGAUUUGACAAACCGAUAGAACCUUUCUAA